AUGGUCAGAAGCGGAGAAGUCCCUGGAGCUGGUCUAGAGGCUGCCGCCACUCCCCAGCUCAUCAGGGUGACAGUCAAGACUCCCGGGCAAAAGGAGGAGUUUGUGGUGCCCGAGGACAGGCUCAUCAAGGAGUUUAAGGCCGGCGUCUCCACCCGUUUCUCCUCUCCCACCGACCGGCUCGUGCUGAUAUUUGCUGGCAGGAUUUUAAAAGAUCACAAGACCCUGAGCCAACAUGGCAUCCAGGAUGACGCCACCAUCUACCUCGUCGUCCAGUCGCAAAGGAGACCCCAGGAGUGUCCGGGUCAGUGCGCCGGCUCCCCGGAGGGUGCGGCCGCCACCCAGUUGGAGAACGGCUGCCUCUCCAGGCCGGGCUCUGCCAGCAGCAUGGCCUUCGGCACGGCCGGCCUGCAGGAGCUUGUCAGCAACCUCGGCCUGAACACGGCCAACUUCUCCGAGUUUCAGAGCCAGCUCACGUCCAACCCCGAGAUGAUGUUCCAGCUCUUGGAGAACCCCUUCAUUCAGAGCCGGCUCUCCAACCCCGACCUGAUGACCGAGCUGAUCACGGACAAUCCUCUGAAGCAGCAAGUGAUCCAGAAAACCCCAGAGAUCGGCCACUUCCUGAACACUCCCGACAUGCUGCGGCUCAUGCUGGAGCUCGCGCGGAGCCCAGCCACCGUGCGGGAAAUCAUGAAGGACCCCAGCCAGGCCUUGAGCUUUCUGGCCAGCAUCCUGGGCGGAGGCCGUGCCUCGCAGCACGUGAGCAGGGAUCACCCCGAUUUAACGCGGGAGGAAGCACAGACACAGGCUGCGGGGAACUCAUUUGCUUCUCUGAGGAACAGCUCAUCCCUCACCAGCAGCCAGACCCCUUUGAGUAGAAGAAGAAGAGCUCCUUCACCCCCGGCUUGUCCUCCGCCCUCCAGCUGCCCCAGUGACACCAGCAGCAGCAGCCGUAGCAUUAGCGACUACCCAGCGCAGAGCUGCUUCGGACCCACUCCAGACCCAGGAAGCACCGCCGCCCUCUCAACAGCCAUCAAGGGCUUGCUGCAGCAGACGGUCAAAAAGCUGGUGCAGGACAUCCUGCUCGGGCCAGGUGCGAGGAGCGUGCAGCAGUCGCUCGGCCUGAACCCCGACCUGGGGACAAAGACGCUGCCGCAGAGCCCCGCGACAGCUGGGCAGCCCCCGAUGCAGCCCCUCCCCACCUUCCAUCAGCAAAUCUGGCACCCAGAGGAGCUGGCGCCCAUGCCGGCCUCUAGAGAAAUGCAAGCGCUGGCACAGAUUCAACAAAGGCUGCAGGCCCUGGCAAUGGGAGAACCCGGCAUCCCACUGCAGCUCCUGUCUCCUUUAGCGGGGUCGGGGCACACGGCAGGCUCGGCAGGGAGAGCGCCCCCGAGCCCUGGGCUCAAGGAAGCUGCACAGCCAGCCUCAGCCGCACCAAGCCAGGAGUUCACUGUUCAGCAAAUGCUGCAGGCCCUAGCUGGAGCAAAUCCUCAGCACGCCCCAAAUCUCUGA